UUGAAAGUGUGUAACAAAAAUAUUGAACAUUUUAUUAAGUAUAAAGUAUUUCCGUUAUUACUGGAUUCUUUACUAUUUAUUCCCUGAAAAAUAUAAAAUUUAUUUUUUAGUAUUUUUAACCUUAUGCUUUUAUGGAAAUCCAUAUUAUUGUCUUUGAAUAAUGGAAGAUGUUUUAGAUGAAAUUGUUUCUUCGGAAGAUUUAAAGAAAUUUGAACGUACAUAUCAUGAAAAUUUACGUUCGUCUAAUGUAUCGCAGAAAGUUCAGUUUGAAUAUGCAUGGUGUUUAGUACGAAGCAAGUAUCCAGCAGACAUAAGGAAAGGAAUUAUUCUCCUGGAGGAUUUAUUUAAUCAUCCCGAAGAGGAAACCGGAAAGCGUGACUGCCUUUAUUAUUUAGCUAUAGGAAAUGCUAGAAUAAAGGAAUAUACGAAAGCUUUGUCUUAUGUCAGAGCAUUUUUACAAAUUGAACCUGGCAAUCAGCAAGUUCAGCAUUUAGAGACACUCAUAAAAAAGAAAAUGGACAAAGAAGGACUUGUCGGCAUGGCUGUGGCUGGCGGCGUUAUUAUAGGAAUUGCCAGUAUACUUGGACUUGGUAUAGCAAUGUCAAAAAAAUGAUAAUAUCUAUUGAAUUUUGCUACUAAACCAAAAGAAAAUGUAAUAAGUUUAUUUGUAAUAAAACCUCUGAAAAUAUUUGAAUGUUUAUAAUAAUAGUUCACAGUAAAUGAAAUUUAUUAAUUGAAUAAGUUUAUGUACAUUAUGUAUUUCUAUGUAAUAAAGUCGUACGAAUAUUAAUUUUUUAAAAUUAAAUUACCAGUUGUCAUUACUAGCGCAAAUGAUAACAAAACAAGUCUACUGAUUUUAUAAUUUUAGUAUUGUAGGUUUUUUUUAAUGAGCUUAUUGUAAAUUAAAUUUACAGAAACAUGUAAUUGAUAAUACUGCUCUAAAUUUCAAUUUACAAAAUUAUUUCAAUAUUAUUGAUAAUUAUUAGGCGACACGUUAUUUAUACAUGAAUAUUGUAACAAUAAGCAAAUAAAAUUUAUUAUUUUCUAAAGCA